AUGGCUGCACCUCCAGUCGACCAGAAGCAGGUACCCGUUUCCCAGAACGCGGACUCGGGAUCCUCCUUAAUUUCGAAACAAGAGCGACCAUCGUACGGCUCCUACGAAGAUCACCCGUUUAGCGAUCGUGUAAUAGCGCAGUACUGGCGGGAAGUCUACGACAAGGCUGAAUAUGAGGGGCGCCAUCGGUUCGACCCGGACUACACAUGGACGGCGGAAGAAGAGAGAAAGCUUGUCCGCAAGCUUGACUUUAGAAUCACAUUGUGGGCAUGGAUGAUGUUCGUGUCGCUGGAUCUGAACCGCAAGAAUAUCAAUCGAGCGAUUUCCGACAACAUGCUCAAGGAUCUUGGCAUGGACACCAAUGACUUCAACUACGGACAAACCAUCUUCCUUGCCACGUUCCUAUUUGCCGAACUACCUAGCGCGCUGAUCAGCAAGAAGCUUGGAGCCCCCAGAUGGAUUCCGACUAUCAUUUGCGCAUGGUCAAUUGUCAGUGCCUCUCAAUGCGCUCUUACGAGCAAACCACAGUACUUCGCCAUUCGUGCACUUCUGGGCCUUUUGAUGGGAGGUUUCAUUCCCGACAUUGUCCUGUGGCUUACAUACUUCUUUAAAUCCAAUGAGCUUCCAACCCGUCUGGCGUGGUUCUGGACAGCAUUGAGCUUCUGUAACAUCGUCGGAUCGCUAUUAGCUGCUGGUAUCCUGCAAAUGCGAGGCCUCCAUGGCUGGGGCGGCUGGCAAUACCUAUUCUUGAUCGAGGGUACCUUGACCUUCUUUAUCGGCGUCUUUUCGUACGUGCUGAUGCCAGCUGGAGCUACUGAGACUGCAAACUGGUUCCGCGGGAAGUACGGAUGGUUUUCAGAGCACGAGGAAUGCAUCCUUGUCAACCGCAUCCUGCGCGACGACCCAUCGAAGGGAGACAUGAACAACAGGGCCGGUGUGAGCCUAAGGCUCUUGUGGAAGACCAUCACCGAUUGGGAGCAGUGGCCGCUCUACCUCAUCGGCCUCAUGGCGUACAUUCCACCCUCGCCUCCAAAUACUUACCUCUCCUACAUCCUGCGUCAAUUGGGAUUCAGCACUUUCCAGGCCAACAUGCUGUUGAUCCCAUCGCAACUCCUCUUCGCUGUUCAGCUACUCAUCCUGACAUGGGUAUCGAAGAAGCUCAAGGAGCGGGCUAUCGUAUCGAGUUUGAGCAAUUUCUGGAUCUUCCCCUGGCUGGUAGCCCUGGUUACUCUUCCCGCCGGCGCCAAUCCCUGGGUGCGCUACGCCCUCCUCAGCGGCCUGGUCUCGUACCCCUACUGCCACGCGAUCUUGGUCGGCUGGAACGCUGCGAACUCCAACUCGGUACGAACACGCGCCGUCUCCGCAGCGUUCUACAACAUGUUCGUGCAAUCUGGCAACAUCAUUGCAUCGAAUAUCUAUCGUAACGACGACCAGCCGCUGUACCGACGCGGUAACAAGAUUCUGCUCGCUAUCUGCAGCUUCAACAUCGUACUUUUCUACUUUGUAAAGGCCUUCUACAUCUGGCGCAACAAGGUCAGAGACAGGCAUUGGAAUGCGAUGACUAAGGAGGAUCAGGACAAUUACAUCGUGAGCACCAAAGACGAGGGUAUGAAGAGGUUGGACUUCAGGUUCGUGCAUUGA